AUGGGGAAACUCUGUGCAGUGAUUUCCUGUUUGUUGCUGAGUGUGGGAGCGGUGACGGCUCAGGGAGCUCAGACUCAGAACAGUGAGCGUCUGCUCCCUCAGUGGCUCACCGGCAUCCUCGCCGUCACCGGCUUCCUCUUCCUCACCUUUGUCGGAUUCUUGGUGAAGAAGGCCUGGUGUGAGGAGCCAAGCAGAAAGAAGACCACGAUGGAGUUGGUGGGAGUAAAUGAGUUUGUCAACAAAAACACCUCCGAGAACAGUCUGGACAUGGCCAGAAAGAAGACCACUAUGGAGUCGGUGGAAGAAGAUGAAUAUGUCAACGAAAACAACUACGACACCAGUCUGGAAAUGAGGAGAGACAACAUGAAUGUCAACGACAGCGUGAUCGACGUCACUGUGGACAAAGCUACCGUCAUGUGA